UAGCCUGGAACACAAACGGCUGGACUUUUUCUCAUUUGGGUGUCUUUGCGGAAGAAAAACAGUCUUUGCAAAACCUGUCGCGAUGAUACAGUAGUUUUAUCCGAUUCAUAUUCGCAUCGACACAAUUUCGACGGCACUGUUAAUAUUCACGGGAGUCUAAUUUAAGAAGGAAGGGACAAAGCAAACCGGAAGAGGCUGGGACAAGAAGAGAAGAAAAAGAGAGAGAAAGGGCGGGAUGCAAGAGGGAAACAGAGUGGAAGAUAUUGAUAGGCCAGGACUCACAGGAAAUCAGGAGGAUUAUAGACUGUUUUAAAGCUAGAAAAGAUGAAGCCCAUUCAAGUACAAGGAAGACGAUCACCCCCCUCCACUCGUGCCAAGGGAGUUAAGAGGAGGGCAGCAAACAGUAGUCCACAGGAAGAGAAGAGAGACACAGAGGAAAAACCCAAAAUUUCACCUACCUCUCCCAAGAGACAUAUCUCCUCAAAUUCUGACUCAUCACAUGAAGGGCCAGUGAGAAGAAGUGGGUCUGCAGAGAAGAAGGUCAUCUACAGUGAUGGGACCCUCAAUAUAAGAGAGGAUUGUGGGAAAGCAGAGGAACAUCCUGGGAGUGGAACACACAGCGACAGCAGCAGUUGCACGGUCUGCGCCAGCAAUAGCCCCAACUCUUCAUCUAGUCGUAAGACGGCCACUUUUAAAGCCCGUGUGCCCAAGAAGAAGUACACCUCUGAGCACUGUGCCAGAAAUCAUGGCAACGCUAGCACUCCCAGCACACCCCAACAGAACAGCAACAACUCUCACAACAUUGCUGGUGCUAGCCAGGGACCAGCUUCCUCUGCAGUACAUGGAGAUACACAUGGCCAAAGCCUGCUGGGUGAGGACAACAUUUCUGGGUACUUACACAACAGUGUAAUUGGGCCUAUGGAUAGAACAGCAGGUGAGGGUGGUGAGAGGGAUGGGACAAGCACAUCUAGUCCACAGCGUUGCUCCUCAACAGAUACGGCCAGUGAGCACUCAGCUGACUUAGAUGUGACAGUCUCAGGACCCGAUUCCCACUCCAACUCCCAACAGCCACAAGCACAUAGUACUUUAACAACCUCACAGGAGAGCCUAUCAGCAGGGUUAGCUGAAGCCCUUGCAAAGGGUCUCAAGAAUCAAAGAGUUCUGGCCCGACAGAGUCCAAGUUUAAGAGAUGAGUGGCCUCCUGAUCGGGGCCGGGAUAUGUCAGGAGUGUUUCGUGCUGGUGUUGUACGAAGAGUCAGCGAGGAGCAUGGGAGUGUGGAGGUGCAGCUAAAUGGUGAGAAGACCAUAUGCAAGUACCCUUUUCGAGUGGCUACUGUUUCUGUUGACCUAAUUCUGGAUGCGCCCCCUCCUGGGGUGGUGCCAUUGCCUAUAGGCUCACGGGUCUGUAUCCCCUUUGGAGGAGGUGACGAGAGUAGUGAGGAAGCGCAACAGUGGUAUAGAGAAGGCAUAGUCACUCAAGUGGAUCAGCAUCCUGCUGUAUCUUGCCCGUAUCGUGUCCGGCUACGGGAGGAUCUAUCCGAUGAGAGAAAGGAGAGGAGAGGUGGUGAGGAAGAUGGAAUGGGGAUCAGUGCUAAGGCUGUUUGGGUCUCACGACAGAAUCUCCGUCUACUGGUUCCUCCUUGGGACCUAGAGCCUCCCCAGCCUGCUGAGCCAGGGAUUGAUGGCAGGAGGGGGAGAGAAAGAGAGUGGGAGGAAAUAGAGGAGAUGGAAGUGGAGCAGGAGGUGGUUAUGUUAACCAGGCCAACAUUUGGAGUUCAGGGAUUGUUGCAUCCUGUAACUGUACCUUUCACAGCAACCCUUUCUUCAUCCUCUGCUGUUAGCACUGCCAUUACCUCUGUAUUCAGUUUAGCUCCAAAUCGAGACUGGGAACAUAACAGAGAGAAGGAUCAGGAGAGAGACAGAGACUUGCAAAGGCACUUAGAAAGAGAAAGGGAAAGAGAUCGAGAAAGGGAGAAGCACAUGCAUCUUUCUCUUCAUCCAUCCACCCCAGAGGAGGACAUUGAGGUCAGCCAUCUCAGCCAGCUAAGGGAUGGCGGGCUCACUGCAGACAUGGGAAGCAAAGCUCUCGGGGUUCCUUCUCAGCAUCAACCUAUUCUUUCUAAUCCAAACUACCUCAGCUCUCCCCUUUCUGUGGUGAGAAGCCUCAGCACCCCAAUUGCACACCACCUGCCCCUUGUCCCUCAUCCAAACCACCCUGUGCUGCUGGGCCUAGAUUCAGCAUCAGGGGCUGCGGUCAUCUCCUCCACACUCCAGAUGCCUCCCCUGCCCCCUACCUCCUCUCAAGGCUCCCUAGACAAGAUCCCUAGCUCAAAUUCACAUGGUGCAUCAGGAGGUGGGUCUGGGUCGUCUUCCUCUUCAUCACGUUCCCGUACACCCCUCACGGCUGCUCAGCAGAAGUACAAGAAAGGUGAUGUGGUGUGUACCCCUACAGGCAUCCGCAAGAAGUUCAAUGGAAAGCAGUGGCGCAGACUUUGCUCACGUGAAGGCUGCUCAAAAGAGUCACAGAGACGUGGCUAUUGCUCGCGGCAUCUCUCCAUGCGCACCAAGGAGAUGGAAGCUGGAGGUGGGGUGGGCCGAGACAGGAGUGGUGCCAGUAGCACAGGCACUCUCACACCCGACCUUCGUUUAGGUGGACGCACUAGCAGCGAGUAUGACUGGGACGACAACUCGCAUGACAGCAGUGAAGCUAGCAGCCGUGGAGGGGAUUCUCGGCCACGUCUGGUCAUGACCUCUCUCAUACCGCAAGAUCUAUCACGUGACCUUUCCCGCUUUGACUUUGAUGACUGUGAGGCUGCAAAUAUGUUGAUGUCACUUGGCAGCUCGCGGUCAUGCACACCCUUCUUUUCACCUGUUUCCAAUCAGUCUCCUUUCUCCCCUGCACCAUCUCCCUCACCCUCUCCGCUGUUUGGCUUCCGCCCAGCUAAUAUCAGCCCCAUCGCUGCACCUUCACCUCUGACCCCUCGCCACCCUCGCCACCUCAGUGGCACAAAGAUCCCGGGGACCCCCGUCACAGAACGCGAGCGCCACCUCUCCGGCAUUAUGCCCACCUUUCAAACAAAUUUGAAAUUCACUGUACCCAUGAGCCCCAGUAAACGUAAGCUGGAUGCCCCACCACCCCCGCUGCCCAGUGUGUCAGACUAUGGUAAGUCUGAUUCUCAGCUGAAUGACCUUGGCCUCAACAUGGCAGCAUUCAGGGUUCUGUCCCCCCAAAGCCAACCUACCACCCCCUCAUCUAUCUCAUUCCCUCGACAAAGAAGCACCACAAGUCGGCCCUCAUCUUCUGCUGCCUCCACCCCUCCACCCAUGCUGGUUUCCCCCACACCAGCCUCACCUCUGCCACAGGAUCCAAGCUCACGCCGCAUUGUUCCCCUACGAGAUUCGCCUGUCAUUGUUCGAAACCCUGAUGUGCCGUUGGCUAAGUUCAGUGAUAGUCCCCUGAGCCGUAGAGGAAACUCACUCUCUAGGGAGCACAGCCAGCCUCCGCAUCUCACUGUGGGCCUCCAGGCCCCCGUGCCCAUCAAUGGCGCUGCCACCAAUGGAGACGUUCUCCUGCGGAAUCCUGCUCCCAACUUAGUCUUGGUGACCUCCUCCGAGUCAUUAACACCUGUGGCUCCCGGACAUCCUGUCCACUCAAGCCAUGCCCCUUUGAAUGUGUCCACCUCUAAUGCAUCCACUGGUCCGGUUCUUGCAAUAUCUGGCUCAGGAAGAAAGGAGCAAAAGAGAAGGCUUGGGGGCCAUGCAGAUGCUAGUGGUAGUGCUCUUCCACAGCCUGUAGCUUGCCAUCCUUCACCCACAGCUCUGCUACCCCUUAUCCUGCCAGCAGAGUCCCCUCAUCCUGCUCCUCGCAAAGACAUCAUUAUGGGACGACCUGGCACUGUCUGGACCAACGUGGAGCCCCGCUCUGUGCCUGUUUUCCCAUGGCAUUCAUUGGUUCCUUUUCUGGAGACCAGUCAAUCAAAUACGUCCACGCAGCCUAUGGAAGGCCAAACACUUGUAAAUACGAACAAAGAACCUCGCUUUGGAGUUGCCCUUGUGACUGAGGGACGUAUUGACCAACCUGCACCAGAGAGAGGUUCCCCGUGUUGCCCCCCUCCUUCUACUGAAGACAAACCAGUUGAAAGAGAUGGAGGCGAUAGUGAGACAGAAAGUGAUGCUGAUGAUCUUUUUUUUCCAGAUGUAGCCCAAGACUCCUCUCCAUCUACGGGCCCAGUGAAAAGACGCUCACAAUCUCUCAGUGCACUUCCCAAAGAAGGUGACAAGAAGAGGGAAAAGGACCAUAUAAGAAGGCCAAUGAAUGCGUUUAUGAUCUUUAGUAAGCGCCAUCGUGCACUGGUGCAUCAGCGGCACCCUAACCAGGACAACCGCACAGUCAGUAAAAUACUGGGCGAGUGGUGGUACGCCCUGGGACCUAAAGAGAAGCAGAAGUAUCAUGACCUUGCCUUCCAGGUGAAGGAGGCUCACUUCCGGGCUCACCCUGAUUGGAAAUGGUGUAACAAGGACAGGAGGAAGUCUCUGUCUGAGGGCCGGGGAACUCCAGGGGCCAAAGAAACUCACGAGCGCAGCGUAUCUGAGAGCACAGAGGCCCAUUCCGCAUCUCAGGGGGGAGACCACAAAGGAGCAGGUCCCAACUGGAUGUCACCACGAUCUGACUGUCAUGGAGGAUUAAUGGGAGGGCAGAAUCAACGGCCUCGUGCUUUUUCUCAGAGUGCUGUGCAUACUCUGGAGAGGAGGGACAAUGAGAGAGAGAUGGAAAGCGCAGGUGUGUUUCCACCCCGCCCCCCUGCUCACCCUCUAUUCCAGCAAAGGUUGAGUGAGGAUGUGACCAGUGAUGAAGAGCGCAUGGUGAUCUGCGAGGAAGAUGGGGAUGAUGAUGUCAUGGAUGACUCAUUUGCAGAAGGCUCCAUAGACCUGAAGUGUAGAGAGAGAGUGACAGCCAGUGAUGAUGAAAACGACCAUGCAGAUGAGGCUGACAGCAAGCACACCUUCCAACAAGUAGUCCAUUCCUCUUUGGCGUUAUCUCCUGGUAGUUCAACUGCCAUCAAACAUGAAGACCGGCAAAAACAGAACAUAGACAGGAAGAAAAAGAGAGGGAUGGAGGGAGUAAAGCAGCAGAAUGGGGGGCCCAAAGAAGGGAAAGAAGGAGGUGGAGGAGGACAGGUUCCUUCUCACGCAAAUUCAGCCUCCAUUACUAGUAUAAAUACCACUUUGCUGCAUGAGGCAGGGAUGUACCACACACAAGGUGGUGUCAGUAUGGCCCCUACCAUAGUGACCAAUGUUGUUCGGCCCAUCACCAGCACCCCUAUCCCCAUCGCCAGCAAGCCAGCUGAUGGGGGUGUGGCUGUUGGGAUCCUUCCUCCAGAUGGGAAGCCCAAGCUACUGAUUGGUGCUGGCAGAGCCGCCGCAGGAGGUGGGGCCAUUCCAGGGGGUGGGUACUUUCCCUCCUGUUCUCCCAAACCUAAUGGUCAAGGAAGCUUAGUCACUGGCCUUGUCCUAGGAGGAGCCUUCCCAAACCAACCCACUGUUCAGUUUAUUCCUCCACCCCAUCAUACUCCAUGCAAUGGAACGCCUAACAACAGUGCUGUACCCCUUCCCAUGUUUCAUCCUCAGUUCCUCCCUGCUGCUUCUAUUACACCCCCUAGUGGUGGGAAACCUGUGAAACAGAUGCAGUACAUCCUUCCAACGCUACCAGCCAAUCCCAACAGCCCAUCCUCCCAGCAGCCAUCCAGUGUUCUUGCCUUGCCCAGUGCCCCGCCCACCCAUGUGACCUUGGCCAAUGGGGUGCAUUCGGGGGCAGGGCAAGGAAUAAGACAUGCUUCAGUCCCAGCAGUGGGAGGAGUCAUCCCAGGAGGUGGAGUUCAAGCACAGUCCCCAGUCUUGCAGAGCAAGAUGCUGGUUCCCAUGGCAACUGUUGGAACAGGAUCCACACCUCCGCAACCAAUUUCCCUGCUGGGUUCACCCCUUCCUGUUCAAAAUGGGGCUCAACAAGGAAGUAAGAUCAUUCAAAUUGCACCAAUUCCUUUAGUCCAAACAAAUGUGCAUCCUGGAGGAUCAGUGCAGACUGGAAGCUCCUUCCCAGUUUCUAUGGCAGCUGCGACUGUCAUGACCCCUGGCCCUACCCCACCUCAGACUGUGCUGUUGACUCCCCCACCAACAAGGAUAACAUAUGUCCAGUCAACUCCUGGAGUUGCUGCUCCUUUGCCAUUGGCUUCUACACCUGCAGUCUCCUCCACUCAGCAGACCCCAUCACAUGCAGUUCCUUCAUUUCUGCAGUCUCCAGUGGCAACUCUUGGCUUUACUGCAAUUGCUCCAGCUGGUCAGGCCUUGGUGCAACCUAUUGUUGCGAGUCAGCCACCCCACUUGGCUCCAUGCUCAACACCAAGUGGUUUGUCACAAUCUGCACCAGCAUCGACUGCUACCCAUCAACUUGUGACUGCUAUUUACCCCAGUGUGAGUUUAGCUGGAGGAGUUGUGUCGGUGACAGCUGUACCACAAAGCACGGCAAGUUCCAUAUCAGUCCCUGUGUCUUCUACAUCACCUCAAGCAAAGACCUCCUCAACCAUGACUGCACAGCUGCAGUCUCAGGUAAACAUGCAGAUUGAGAGGGAACGAGCACCAGAAUCUGGAAAGAGAGAACAGCAGUUGUCAAAAGAUGGACAUCAGACACCACCUAGUAGUGUGGACGAAUCAGUGCCGUGUACAAGUACAUCAAAUACAGGUCAGCAGUGUGAAGGGAAGGAUGAUGGAAAAAAAGGGAGCAAAAUGGAGAGAGAAUAUGAGAGAGAUAUUGGAGGGGGCUCAUUUCAAACAGACAGAGGUGAGAGAGUGAGAGCGAUGGAAAGAGAGAUAGAGCGUCAAGAUGCUGAGACCAACAUCAAGGAUGAACAUAGUCGAGAGGCAGGACAGAUGGAUGCACCUGUUUUGGACCCCCCACCACCUCCUUUGCAGACUGACACCACUUCAGCCAAAAAAACCAAGUCCCGCCCACCGCCACUUAAAAGCACUACAGAUGCUGACAACAAGGUGCUAUCUGGAACGUCUUUUGAAGAGCGUCUUGCAGAGCUGCCAGAGUUCAAGCCAGAGGAGGUGCUGCCCUCUCCAAAUUUACAGAGUCUUGCAACUUCCCCUAGAGCCAUACUAGGCAGCUACCGCAAGAAGAGGAGAAACUCCACAGAUCUAGACUCUGCUGAUGACCCCAGUUCACCAAGGAGAAAGAGUCGUCGCCUGUCCAGCUGCAGCUCUGAGCCCAACACGCCCAAGAGUGCUGCCAAGUGUGAAGGAGACAUCUUCACCUUUGACAGGGCUUUUGGAGAGACAGAGCAUAUUUUGGAGGAGUUGGACCGCGUUCAGCCCUCCUCUGUGCGUCGGAUGCUGGACCAGCGGCGAGCGCUGGUCAUGCAGCUCUUCCAGGAGCACGGCUUUUUCCCUUCAGCGCAAGCCACAGCUGCCUUCCAAGCUCGCUACUCAGAUACUUUUCCCAACAAGCUUAGCCUGCAGCUGAAGAUCCGCGAGGUAAGGCAGAAGAUCAUGCAGACAGCUGGAAAUUCAGAGAUCGGAGGUGUGGCCAGUGGCUGUGACUCUGCCUCCACUCCUGGACCUUCCAAUCUAACGCCAAGGGAGAAUUCUGAGUCAGACGAGAGCGGGAGGGGCACGGAAGAGCCACCUAAGAAAGAUUUGGGGAGCCGCAAGAAUUGAGAUGAAGAAUGAUGGCGAGGACGGACAGAACAGAAGGACGAAAGAUGAAUGUAUGGAUGGAUUAUAGAAAUGUGUAAAACCGUUUCCGCUGACGAUAUACAGCACUUCAUUUAAAUUCGAACUGAUUUUGUUGCCGUUGGCUUCACUUCGUCGAUGUUUUGUUGCUAUAUGCAGUUACACCCGCGCACACACACACACACACACACAAACACGUUCACACACACGUUAUGCAAUUACAUAAACCCGUCACUUUCACACAUUACGACUUGCACAAGAAUCUAUUACAUAGCGUAUGAGGUCGCACUCAUUUGCAUAUGCCACUUGAGUUAGGCAGUCAUUGGUCCACCUCUGCAUUAGGGCGUGGCUUCACAUUCUGUCUGAAUUUUAGAGCCCUUCAAAUGCUGCACCACAGGCAGCUCCAAACCAGCCUGUCUGCACAUGCUCAGUAAGCCCCCUGCUUGGCAAAAAUUUUGCCACAUGGGGCUAGCACAGAUUUUUACUGAAUGGACUGAAUGUUUUAAUGAAUAGUUGAAAUUAGACUGUGUGAGGUACUGGUAACUUUCAAUCCAAAUCAGGUGGGGGUGGGGGGAAACAAAUGCGCUUGCACUUUCAUUUGUUAGAGACUGAGAAGGAAAGCAAUAGCCGGGGAGGAGGGUCUUCGUGCGAAUGUUACGCUACAUGCAUUGGCUGUUACUGUUCUUCAGCAUGGGCUGGAAAUUCGAAACAACAGGUUUUUCCCAGAAGCAACAAUCUCAAGACUCAUACUCACGUAGACCAGCGGAGCAGAAAAUGGAGGCUACUGCGGCCGACAACAACGCAGCACAUUCAAAACCGAAAGACGAAAGCAUUGUCAUAAAACAACAACCUCAGAAGAAACAUACAAAAGAAGACGUAAACAAAUAGAGACACUACCCUUCUUUGAAUCAACUUGUUGUUAUGCUUAGUUGUUUUGUUGUUGUUUCGUAAUGUGGAACUGACUGAUAUUUUUUUGUAUUAGCUUGCGCUUAUCUUCUUCUUACUCUAAUAAUACGUUCAGCAUGGACAAUUCCAGCUAUCUAAGUGUUGGAGCAAUUAUGUCAAGAAAAAAAAAGACUCUGUUUUAGCCUCUUAGCUGAAGCUCCUCUUCUCUGGCCGCCGACUUAGGCUUUUCCACUUACACUGUAUAUAACCGUGAUGGCUGGGGAGGGAGGAGAGGGUGGGCAUGAGGCUCUCUCUGUGUUCUUUUCCUCGUUUCUUUCUUUUUAUAUAUAUAUAUUUCAAUCAGGUGUUUGCACAAUAUGUGGUCCUAGACCAUGGUUUAAAUCAGGAAAGUAUUUGUUUUUAGAUAUUUAAAAACUAACCAACGACUUUGUUCCAUUUUGUUCGAUUUUCCCUUCCAUAUUCCUAAAGGAAACCCCCUUAUUUUUUCAUCUCCUUAAAACUUUAACUGAAGUGUUGAUGGAAAGCGCCACUUCAAGCGCUGGUCUGGAGUCAGAGUAAGCUUUGUUGUCUUGGAUGACUUUGAUUCAGGAUUACGCAAGGUAAAGCUGACCCGAGACCAGCGCUGGGGCGGCAUUUCUCAGGAUCUCCUCUUUCUAAAUCUGCCUCUUUUUCAUUGGUGCAAUAGGACAUGUGGGUGGGAAUUUUUUAGUAGAUGAGUAACCUAUUAGUGCCAUAGAUUUUCACUGUACAAGCUGUAAUAAAAUUAUAUAUAUAUUGAAAAGAGAGAGGAAAAAAUAAUUAUAAUAACAUUCAGGAGUGAGUUUUGAGAGAGAAAUCCAAACUGA